GAUGGCACUGGAGGAAGGAGAGCAGUUUAUGAGGAGAGUGAUGGCGCUGCAGGCAUGUGUUCGGGGUCACCUCAUCAGAAAAAAGUUUCAAUGCUUAAAGGGAGAGUAUGAGAGCAUAGUAAAGCAGAUUGAAGGGAAUCUGGAUCAGCUGCAGUGGAGUCAACACUCCAUACCAAAGCCUGUGUUUCUCUCAAAGUCUGCCCAGAAGCCAAGUCAAGGAAAGGAAUUAAGUGGCCAAAAUGCUGCAUUCAACAAGAAGGUCAGUGCCCACACAGAGGUGCGGAAGCCUAGUCGUCAAGAGACAUUACAAACCGAGACUGAACAUGACUGCGAGAUGCAGCCUCCGAGCCAGCUUCUGAAUGAAAUGGCUGUGGAAGUAGGGGCUGGUGAUGUGAGGCUGGUUCCAGAUCAUCCUAUGGCUGAGCCCCUUGGGAAUGCCAGUGUCCUGCCAGGAGAGAAUGCAGAAGGCAAAGACUGCAGCAAUGUGUCGUCUGAAUGGGGCAGCCUUAUCCUGGAUAUGGAGUCUCCUAGACUGAGCCGAGAGCUCCGUUUCCAGGGAGUGCCGGAGAUGCCUCAAGCUCUGCCUGACCUCCAGCUGUACCGAAAACACCUGACCAUGGAGCUGCUGUGGCUGCAACAAGCCAUCGUCAGCCGUAAGAAUUAUCUGAACCUGAAACAGAGCUUGUGGAACCACAAGUAA